GCUGCGGUCAGCCUGAUGUUAUUAUAAUUUUCAAAAAAUGCAUAAAAUGCAUGGGUGGUGGUGGUCUGGGCUGUGGCCACUGCUGAUUCUCCUUUUACUGCCAUCUUCGAUUGCUAUCGCAGAUCGGCCAGCGACCCGAAACCGAACAGAGUCCCACCGAACGGCGGUGAGGAGCAACAGCAACGUCUGCAGGAGCCGGCAAUUCUGGCAAACGUUUCCAUUGGCGGACAAUUGUCCUCCGGCAAUAUUGCCGCUGCGGGGCACCGUCUACAUCCUCUACGAUGUGAACAUCUCCGAGGGCUUCAAUCUGCGCCGCGACGUGUACAUCCGCUUGGCCGUGUUCGUGCGGCGACUCCGCAGACGCAAGCGCUUCCGGAAUGUUCGUUUGGUGCUGCCGCCAUUUCCACGCCUCUACCACUGGCACUCUCACCACCUGCAGCAGAGCGACUUGGCCUGGGGCCACUUCUUCGACCUGGACAGCCUGCGCCGCUACGCCCCCGUCCUCGACUACAGUGAGUUCCUCGCCGAGUACCGGCAGUUCGGUAUGCCGGCCCCGCCCUACGUUCACAUCUCGCAAGUGUUCCGCCUCAUGCACUACGAGAUCAUGCUGGAGCAGGGCAUCUUCCGCGACAAGUACGAGCGCGUCGCUCCCAAGCUCGACGAUAACUCCUGCAACGAAUACUCCACAGCGGGGGGCCCGCUGCUGUCGCAGAGUCUGCUGCGCUACGGACAGUACCACUGCGUUCACUUUCAGGGCAGUGCCGGGCUGCUGGAGCGGCUGUUGCGAGAGGCCAUCGCGGAGGAUACGGCCGGGGCCGAGGACGUCGACGAUAUGCGUGUGUACGCGAUCCUCAGUGCCGAGACCGUGCUGCACGACCACUGGGGUGACGAGCACUUCUGGAAAGCCCGCCGCUCGAUGCGCUUCUCCAAAUACCUCAGCCAAGUGGCAGACGAUUUCCUGCGUUACGCCUUCGACACCACGGACAGCUCGGCGGGCGUCCAGCGGCCGGCCAUGUGGGAGAUGGAGCGACCUAAGCGCGAUGCACGCGGCGGUGACUUUAUAUGCGCACACCUGCGUCGUGGCGACUUUGUACGGUCGAGAGAGGCGACCACGCCAAACCUGAAGUCGGCUGCCCAGCAGAUCAAGCAGCUGCUGAGGGCCUUUAAUGCGACCACAGUGUUUGUGUCGACCGAUGCCACACCCUACGAUCUGGUGCAACUGAGGAGCAUGUUCCACGGAUUCCGGUUCGUGCACUUUCAGCCGGAGUCGAAUUCGCAGCGACAGAAGCUGAAGGAUGGCGGCGUUGCCAUUGUAGAUCAGUUGGUCUGCUCAUACGCCCGCUUCUUCAUUGGCACCUACGAGAGCACCUUCACAUACCGCAUCUACGAGGAGCGCGAGAUCCUGGGCUUCAGCAAGACCAGAACCUUUAACACCAUCUGCAAGGUUGUGGGCGGAAACUGUCCUCGUAAUGCGGUCUGGCCCAUCGUCUGGGACGACGAUAGCGACAACGACACACCGUACUGAACUUUUUUCGUGUUCUUAGCUGCCAUUUUAUCUGUGAAAUCUGAUAUGUGUUUAUAUGUAUAUUAAGUUAUAUGAGGGCCACUCGAAUAUCUAGUUGUCUAGACAAAGCUUUUGUGAGACCACCACUACCAUGUUAAUUCCGAACAAGCUGCGAUUAUGUACCAAAAAUAAUAAAUCAGUAGUCAUUAAACAAUAAU